UGUAUAGAGAUGUAUCACCCCUCUUUUGCACUUGUUUACAAGCGCAAGAGUCGGCUAAAAUCAGUAAAGCGAUCAUUCUAUGAGUAGAUGCUUCGAGUUUCCUAUUCUAUGGAGGAAAUUGCUUUUUUAUUCGUUUCCUAAGGGGAAAAACUCCCGAUAGUAUUAAUUUUUAGAGAAAGCAGAUUUGAACCCUCAGUACGGUAUAAACGCGGUCAGCAGUAUCCACCACAAAACAACAUGGUGGACGAUUGAUGAACACGGGAUUAAUCGCGUAGCACUCGGGAAAUUAGCCUUUGUAUUCAAUUGAGAGCUAACAACAAGAUAAAAAAGAAUGUAGACAUUUUGGAAAUAAUCUAGAAAUGGAUUGCUUAUGGGAAUCAUGAUUCGCUGCUUAUAAAAAGUGGCAUUUUGCCCAGAGGAGUCAGAGCUGCCUGGGACUGCUGCGUUUUUCAACUCAAUUUAGGAAAUUCGACACCACGACGAGAAUUUGUCUUUAUAUUUGUGUAUCAAGAAUGAGCGAUACGGACUUCUUAUCAACGAAAUCACAGCGAAAGGUGAUCAGUUUAUCACGAAGAGCGUUCAACGAGAACGACUUCAAGAGUUGUUACGCGCAUAGUAAGUCAGCUCGCCAACAGACCCCUCUGUGGCAAAAAGGUCGCAACCAUCUCAGAAGAUAUUUCCAGAGCUUAACAUGCAAGUCGCUUAUAUACUCAUGGUUUCCUAUCGUCUCAUGGCUACCCAAGUACAAGAUAAAGGACUAUCUAGUGCCGGAUAUAAUGGGUGGUUUUACAGUUUCGAUUUUACACAUACCGCAGGGUUUGGCUUAUGCACUGCUAGCUUCAGUUCCACCAAUUGGUGGCCUCUACCUUGCUGUUAUACCGCUACUGGUGUAUACUAUAUUUGGGACCUCCCGACAUUUAUCCUUAGGUACAUUUGCAGUAGUUUGUCUUAUGGUAGGCUCUGUGGUGGAAAGGGAGAUUGCAAGAAUAGAGCCUGCCACAACUCAGUCAUCAAUUUUAGCCACAACAUCACCACCUAUCAGUGGUGGCUUCCUGAAUACAACGACCCUCAACAAGCUUAUCAGGAAGGAGGAGUCCAACAGUACUUAUCCAAGUGACGAGGAGAUUAUGGAUAAAAAGAAGAUGGAAAUUGCAGUCACAUUAGCACUCUUGGUUGGCAUUGUACAGUUUUUGAUGGGACUGUUAAAGCUUGGUUUUGUGGCGGUCUAUCUCUCUGAUCCUCUCAUCAGCGGGUUCACUACAGGAGCUGCUAUAUUGGUGCUGACAAGUCAGGUUAAGAACAUAUUUGGAAUUUCUGUGCCGAGAUACACUGGUGCAUUUGCAACUGUCAAGACAUACAUCUACAUGUUUGAGCACAUCACUGAGACAGUCCCAGGGUCACUGAUUACUGGCGUAGUCUGUAUCAUAUUGGUCUACUGCCUCAAACUACUGGAUGAGAAGACAAGGAAAUACAUCAAGUUCCCAAUCCCAGCAGACUUAAUAGCGGUGAUCCUGGGCACUGGAAUUACUUAUGGUGCUGAAACACACAAGAAGUAUGAUGUGGCUGUGCUAGGAGAAAUACCCAAAGGCUUUCCGCCAUUCUCAACACCAUCAUUACCACUCAUGGAGACCAUGAUUGUGGAUGCAAUUGUCAUUGCCAUAGUGGUUUUUGCCACUAAUGUUUCUCUUGCCAAGAUGUUUGCCCAGAAGAACAAGUAUACAAUAGACCCAAAUCAGUGGUUCUCUGUCCAGGUCAGCAGUCCAGGAAAGCCAGGCAAAGUCUUUGCUCUGUAAUGUUCCAGUUGUCGGUGUUAUUAUUCUUGUUCUACUGUUCCUGGCACCACUGUUUUAUUGUUUACCGAAGGCUGUACUGGCCGGUGUCAUAUUGGUGGCAUUGAAAGGACUCCUGCAACAAUUCAAACGACUAAAGGAGCUG